AUGUAUGACGUUGUGGACGAGAAAAUCCAACAUUGCCAGAGCCAUGUUGAAGGUAAUGCAGACGAAUGUCCGCUGCUGGAAAACAAUGCGAACAGAAUGUCUGGUGAGGAGAAACUUUCUCUUGGACCUGCUAUAUUGACUCAUGGGAUCAUAAUCGCCAAGAAUCCAACAAUAAAGGUGCCGCAAGAGAGUUUGCAAAUGUUUUCGAAUUUAGAUAAUUACUCUGUGAGACCUUGGGGGAAGAUGGGAUACGAGGUCCUAUCUGCUAGUAUACGGAGGAUGAAAGCAAAAGCAUUUGCAAAACCUAUGUAUGAAGUGCAAGGAUUCGUAUGGGCAAUCACGUUGUGGGCUUUGUCGGCUGUGCCAGCGCUAGGUACUACAUUUGUGAGUCGGUAUGAUUCAAGCUCGUCUGCAGGCCCGUUGUGUUUACAGUGGAAAGCCACUCAGACUCCUAAUAUUUCAGAAGUUUUGGAUGUGCACAAUCAACGGGAUGUUAUAGUCAAUACUGUUGUUGGGGAUCCAGAGGAAUAUAAGAAUCUGGUUCCACCGACAAAUCCCAUUGACAAAGACUUUGCAACGGUGGUGCAACUUGUAAUGGAAGGUUAUAGGUUAAGCAGAUCUGAGUGGAUAGAGGGAAAAGUAGAUGGUGUUUUAGUAUCUGAACAAAUACGGACACAACAUAACAGACGAGCGGAGCCUAGUAGAACAACACGUGAGGCUCCUCUCGUGACUGACACUGGCAAAAUUGACAAGAUUAUGGAGAUGCUUAAAGCCUUCAUUGGCAAAGUGGAGACCAUAGAGGCUUUUGUGGGGAUUAAGGCAGUAGAGAAAAUCCCAAAGAUGAUGAAGGUGAUGAAAGUCACGAUUCCAACUGCCAUGGAUUUGCUUUGCGACCACCACUGA